GGCUAUUUUCCCGUUGCGCUGGCUAAGCUUUCCAUAUUGGGAGUUCCAUCGCUUGAAACCCUAGUGAAAUCCUUAGAUCUGAGAGACUUCUGGACUUUGAUUUGAUUUCAUUUCCAGUUGAUCUCCAUUUCCCUGAGAUCUAGAUGGGUUUUUUCAAAGACUUGAUUCUUAGGAAGAAGACCUCAGCCAAAGAUGCCCUCAGGGAAAGCAAGAGAGAGAUGUCAAUCGCUACACGAGGGGUGGAGAGGGAGAUUGCAGCUCUUCAACUAGAGGAGAAGAAGUUGGUGGCAGAGAUAAAGCAGACAGCAAAAACAGGAAAUGAGGCCGCAACACGGAUCUUGGCUCGUCAGCUUGUUCGACUUAGGCAGCAAAUCACUAAUCUUCAAGGAACUCGUGCGCAAAUACGAGGAGUGGCAACUCAUACACAGGCAAUGUAUGCUAGUACCUCCAUUUCUACUGGGAUGAAAGGUGCAAGUAAAGCAAUGAAAGCCAUGAAUAAGCAAAUGGAGCCAGCAAAGCAGGCUAAAGUCAUUAGAGAAUUUCAAAAGCAAUCAUCACAGAUGGACAUGACUAUUGAGAUGAUGUCAGAGUCUAUUGAUGAAACUUUGGACAAAGAUGAAGCAGAGGAGGAGACAGAAGAGCUGACCAACCAGGUACUUGACGAAAUUGGAGUCGGUGUUGCCUCCCAGUUAUCUUCAGCUCCUAAAGGUCGUAUUGCAACAACAAGGAAAGUUGAAAGUGUCUCAAGGAACACAGCUCCUGAGACUCCCGGUGUUGAUGAUCUAGAGAAAAGGUUUGCAUCCCUUCGGCGCAAUUGAUCAUCCCUAUGAUAGAGAUCGAAAUAUACAUGAUAUGUAUAGUUUCCAUAAUAUUACUAUUAAAAUUUUUCUUCUGUUGUUGAAUGCUGGUAAAACCUUUCACUGUUAUCCUGUUAUUGGUUUUUCCAACUCUGGUUUCUGCAGUCAGUGUUUACUGUUGCCAUAAAAUUGGAAGAAGGUAUGAUUGUAUCUCUAUUUUCUUCCUAUAAAUAGAAUCUCACUUGUGUUAAAUGAUAUGGUAGGUUUGUGAUUCCAACUUA